GUGAUAUAUUCUGACACCAACAGAGGAGAGGAGAGAACCAGCAAGCGUACGCCAUGGCGGGCACGAACCAGGGCGUGGUUGUGGUGAAGCCGGCGCUGGCCAAGGGGACGCCGUCGGCUUCGUUCCGGCUCCGCAACGGCAGCCUGAACGCGGUGCGCCUGCGCCGCGUGUUCGACCUCUUCGACCGCAACGGCGACGGCGAGAUCACGGUGGACGAGCUGGCGCAGGCGCUGGACGCGCUGGGCCUGGACGCCGACCGCGCCAGCCUUGCCGCCACCGUGGGCGCCUACGUGCCCAAGGGUGCCGCGGGACUGCGCUUCGAGGACUUUGACACGUUCCACCGCGCGCUCGGCGACGCCUUCUUCGGCGCGCUGGCGGACAAGGACGACGCCGCGGAGGGCGGCAAGGGGGGCGAGGACGAGGAGGAGAUGCGGGAGGCCUUCAAGGUGUUCGACGUCGACGGCGACAGCUUCAUCUCCGCCGCCGAGCUGCAGGAGGUGCUCAAGAAGCUGGGACUCCCCGAGGCCAGCAGCAUGGCCAACGUGCGGGAGAUGAUCUGCAACGUCGACCGCGACCGCGACGACCGCGUCGACUUCAGCGAGUUCAAGUGCAUGAUGCAGGGGAUCACCGUCUGGGGCGCCUGACCAUCAACUCAACUCGACUCACCCCAAGGCAAGGCAGGUCUCUGAACUCGGACCGGCAUGGGGAAGAGAUCGAUCAGUAGUAGGGUUCCUAAUUACCUUAUUCCAGGGUCCUUAUUUCUCCGAGACAGUAUGUUACUUCUCCCUCCGUUCCAAAUUGCAGGUUGUUGACUUUUUUUAUAUUCAUAGAGAUUAUUAUGCAUAUAGACAUACACUAUAGAUGCAUAAUAAUCUCUAUGAACCUAGAAAAAGUAAAACGACCUACAAUUUACGGAGGAAGUACGUAGUUGGCUUAUCAGAAUGCAGGGCCGCCUGAUCUUUGUCGUGUGGCCCUGAUGGAUGCGUUCCUAAUUGACUAGUAGUUGUAUAUGAUGGUCCCUCACUGAUCUAGUGGUGAUGCGAAUGUCCUCUCUACUGAUCUAGUGGACUCUGGAUGUUCCACAACCAUGUCAUGACAGUGCUGAACAUUCAUUCGGUCUCUGCCAGUGAUAAAAACUGUAUCAAAUUAGUCUCUUGGGGUUCA